ACUACGAAUCCCAGCAAGCAGUUCGUGGCGUGAGGGCGCAGGAGGGGGAACUCAGAGCCGUUUGGCCCCGCGGAGCCAGGCAGCGGCAGCACCCGGCGGGGGUGACCAUGGGGAAGCGUUACUUCUGCGACUACUGCGACCGCUCCUUCCAGGACAACCUCCAUAACCGCAAGAAGCACCUGAACGGGCUGCAGCACCUCAAGGCCAAGAAGCUCUGGUACGACAUGUUCCGAGAUGCAGCUGCCAUCUUGCUGGAUGAGCAGAACAAGCGGCCCUGCAGGAAGUUUCUACUGACAGGCCAGUGUGACUUUGGCUCCAACUGCAGAUUUUCCCACAUGUCAGAGCGAGACCUGCAGGAGCUGAGUAUGCAGGUGGAGGAGGAGAGGUGGGCCAGGGAGUGGCCACUAGACGUCACCGAGCUCCCUGAGGUCCACGUGGAGGACUGGCUGGAGAAGAGAGCCCAGCGGCUGAGCUCGGCCCCAAGCAGCAGGGCUGAACCCAUCAGAGCCGCCGUCUUCCAGUACCCGGUGGGCUGGCCACCAGUCCAGGAGCUUCCUCCAUCACUGCGGGCACCCCCGCCUGGGGGCUGGCCCCUGCAGUCCAGCGUCCAGUGGGGCUGAGUCCCUUAUUCCUGCCUAGUCAGCCCUCCAGUCAGCCACAAUCAAGAUAAGGGCUUGUACGGGGGACACCCAGGCCCCCUCCUGCUGCACCCCAUGGAGCAUCUGAAACUAAAGACUGGGCCUGGCCUGGCCUCUCUGAGGACUAAGCGUCCUCCCCAACCAGGUGCAGCCCUGGUCCUGGCUCUGAGCCAGGCAACUCCACCACCCACACCCCAACGGGACAUCUUGAGAAGACUUCCUUCCAGAUGUUUAUAAAGAAAGUCUGUCACCACCA